AUGAAAUACUAUGGGAAAAAGUUAUCUGUUAGUUUUAAGAAAGCUUUUGAUGAAGUCGUAAAAAUUAUAAACUUCAUAAAAUCUCGGCCUCUUCAAAAUCGUUUAUUCAAAAUCCUAUGUGAGGACAUGGGAAGUGUUCAUACUUCUCUUCUUUUACAUACCGAGGUUAGGUGGUUAUCUCGAGGAAAGAUACUAACUCGUAUUUUUGAAUUAAGGGACGAGGUACGUGCUUUUUUUUUGGAACACAAUUUCGAAUUAAAAGAUCGAUUUCUUGAUCAAAUGUGGCUACUUAAAGUUGCCUAUUUAAGUGAUAUUUUUACAAAGAUCAAUGAGCUUAAUUUCACACUUCAAGGUAGACACGUAAAUGUUUUUACUGCACACGAAAAAAUUCAUGCUUUUAAGAAAAAGUUAGAUUUUUGGAAAAUUUGUAUGAGCUCCAACGAGUUUGAUUGCUUUCUGACAGUUAAAUGCUUUUCGGAAGAGAAAGAGGUCGAAAUUAAUGAAGUUUUUAUUGAGGAAAUUAUUCAGAACCUCACUGGAUUGAGUGAAGGAUUCAACCAGUAUUUUCCAAAUGACCAACAGGUGAAAAAUAAAAAUAAAUUGUGGAUUAAAAAUCCAUUUAUUGUCAAUACACGACCUCCAGCCAUGUCAGCAAAAGAAUAUGAAACCUUUAUUGAAUUUACAUCUGAUUCAUCGCUGCAAGAAAAAUUUAAAUCAAUGUCAUUAGCAGAAUUUUGGUGCAGUUCAAAUGAUAAAUAUCCUUAA